GACUUCCUGCAGAAGGAUUUGUUUACAUGCGCACUCGGAGGCAACCUGCUACGUUAUCAACUCUCUUAGCCAACGCUACGAUUUCCAUUCAGGUGACAUUAACGGUUGUCAGCCAUGGGGAAGUCGUUUGCCAAUUUCAUGUGCAAGAAGGAUUUUCAUCCUGCGUCGAAAUCAAAUAUCAAAAAGGUAUGGAUAGCAGAACAGAAAAUAACCUUCGACAAGAAGAAGCAAGAAGAUCUCAUGCAGGCGUACAUGAAGGAACAGGAUUGUUACAACAACAGGGUGUUGAUGGGGGAUGAUCGUGUUAAAAAUGGCCUCAAUUUCAUGUACGAGGCUCCACCGGGAGCAUCCAAAGAGGAAACAAAAGAGGAUGGGGAAGAAGAGUACAAAUUUGAGUGGCAGAAAACGGCUCCGAGAGAGAAAUAUGCGAAGGAUGACAUGAAUAUUAGAGAUCAGCCGUUUGGAAUCCAGGUGCGCAACGUGCGGUGCAUCAAAUGUCACAAAUGGGGCCACGUGAACACCGACCGAGAGUGUCCCCUCUAUGGUCUGUCGGGUAUCAAUGCCAGCGCUGUGGCCCCCGAGGAGGCACCAGGUCCGUCGAUGCACCCCUCGGAGUUAAUAGCGGAGAUGCGAAACAGUGGGUUUGCCCUGAAAAAAUGUGUCCUUGGUAGAAAUUCUACUGUUUGUGAUAUAUCGCAGGAAUACGUUGCCAGUGAGGAUGAGGAAGAUCCCGAAGUGGCAUUUCUUAAGUCAUUGACAAAAAAGGAAAAACAAAAGCUCCUCAGAAAACUUGAUCGCCUGGACAAGGAGAAGGCGAAGAAAAAGAAGAGCAAGAAACAGAAGAAGAAGAGCAAGAGAAAACACAAAAAAAAGGCUGAAAGUAGUGACAGCUCGAGUGACUCCUCCGAUAGCAGCAGCAGUAGUGAUAGUGACUCAGAUUCAGACAGCCAUGGCAAGUUCAAGAGCCAAAAGAAAAAGAAAAAAGAUUCCUGUCGGGAUAACAGCUCUAAGAGCGAGCGGCGAGUCAAGAGUCAGAAAAAGGCCUCCUCUCACAGAAGCAGGUCACCGAGCCCUCGCGCCGAACACAAGCGGCCUGAAGAGAAGUCGGGAGAUUAUAGACAAACAAGGACAGAGAGCGGGAGUUGUAGUCUUAUCCCAGAGAACAAGAUCAAACAGGAGGGAGGUCAAGAGAGAAAGAGACACAACAGCAGGGACAGAGAGAGACCUAGCAGCUCUGCCGUGGACAGAAGCAGGAGCGGCGAGAGAGGCAGGGAGGAGAGAGGGAGAGACGGGCGUCACAGCAGAGAUGUUGAGAGGAACAGAAGCAGCCCAGAUGGAAGGAGAGGCAGAACAGCAGAUGGGAGGAGCAGAAGCAGGGAGAGGAGGAAGGAAAGGGAUGGCAUGGGGGAAAGCAGGAGUAGGGAGAGAAGCCAAGACAGAGCCAAAACAAGGCACUGACUGUUAGCUGUGUUCCUCUCUUACAAUAUUGGACAAAAUAUGUUGAAUCCCCUUUUGUGAUGACUCUGAUUACUGAGAACGCUAUAACUGUCUCUCUAUUUCAAUUGCAGAUAUUGUUCAGUAGGUUUUCCUUUUUUCUCCAGUAGAGGGAAGCAGUGGACAGAUAAUAUCCAGAUGCAGCUCGUUGCGCCCUUGUGUUGUUUGGAAGAGUCUAGAUUAAUUGAUAACCAUUGCAAGCAAUUUGCAGCUAUGAUCCUUUGAUGGAAAAAUGUUAGACUCAUUUUAAUGGUCAGUUGGCCACCGGAAGACCAUUUUCUGCGAUGCAGCUUUUUUAUAUAUUGCAUUCAUUAUUGUGUCGUUUGGGGAAAUAUCGUCAUUGUAAGAUGUAAAGCUUGGACGGCUGUUGAUUCCGGAGAAAAAAGUCUCGAUAUUUUAUUUUCUGAUUAAAUUUUAAAUUCUCUCCAAAA